GCGGGUAACUGCUAGAUAUUUUUGCUAGUCUUCGUAAUUCGUAAUUAAAAAGAAUAAUGCGAAAAAUUAAUCUUUUUGUAAUCCUAUUGGCAAGAACUCGCGCUAAUGAAACAAUUGUUGCUGCUUUCGCUUACAAUAAACGUAAUUCAUAGUUUUCGACAUGGUGGAGAGAGGUCCAGAUUCACAGGUCAUGUGGUGGGGGGAUUGGAAGUACCCAUAGUGAUGUACCCGCACGUGGCCCAGGUCCUCACCCUCUACACUACCUGCGGUGGCUCAGUCAUUAGCGACCGGGUAGUAAUAACAGCGGCUCACUGCUUAUACCUAAACGAAAUGGAGAGAAAUGUGGAUGCAAAGGAUCUUUUCGUUUAUCUUGGAUCCGAUGUAUUAAGCCAAGGUGUAAAAUACAACGUGUGUAAAGUUGUCAUCCACGAGCGGUAUCGGGGCCCAGAUGAUGUGAACUUUUAUUUUUAUGAUAUUGGCUUAAUUUUGCUAUCACGUAAAAUAAGAUUUGGUCCUACGGUCAGAAAAGUUGAGAUAGCGGAAAACAGUAAUUUUAGAAACACUAAAUAUAGUUUCACUUUAGCUGGCUUCGGAACUGUUACGAAUGUGAAUCCAGCCAGCCCAUCCAAAAAACUUAAGGCGACCCGAAUGUACUACGUGAAAACAAAAACAUGUAAUGAAAGUCAGUCUUUUCGAGAGGUUAUGGAGGUACCAAAUCACAUGUUUUGCUUGAUCGGCCAAGGUUGGACUAGCGAUUGCUUUGGCGAUUCAGGUUCUGGUAUUAUUUGGAAAAGGUACUUGGUAGGAAUAGUAACGACGGGACGAGAUAACUUCUGCGGUUCAGAUACACUUCCGUCAAUGUAUACAGACGUCGUGUAUUUUAGGAAAUGGGUCAAUGCGAAGACAAUCGAACUUGAGUCAACGGCUGUCGAGCAAUGUCGGAGUAAAAAAAGAGGCAAAAAACUAUUAAGAUCUAAGAUGGAAUUAACAGUACAAUUAACUUGA